CUUCAGACAGCCCAAAUAAUCCAGGGUCAGGUGACCUCGGUUGGCCAGUCAGCUGCUUCAACAUCACAGACCCCAAUUGCUCUAGUCAAAUCUGUCUCAGCCUCACCGGUGGUCACAGUGCCGGUCACAAACCAGGCAGCUGGUAUAGGAGUGCCCCAGCAGAGAGCUGUGGUUGCUUCCAGAGCAACUACUGUCAGCCAGAUCCAACAACAGCAGCGCAUGCAGCUACUUCAACAACAGAGGAAGGCGGGCACCCAGCAGAAAGUGGCAGGCUUAGCCACAGGCAAACCCGGCCAGCAGAUACCUCUGCUGAUCCCCCAAAACCACAAACUCCUUAGUGGCAACCAGAUUCUGCAUCAGAUUGGCCUGGUCAAUAAAACUUCUGGAGGCAUUCAGCAGAUCAUCACCCACAAUUCCCAGCCGACAAUCAUCACUCAAGUGUCACAAGCUACAGGACAGCCCAUCUCACAGAUGGUGGCAAAGGUGUCCCUAACGACGGGCAGCCAGACUUUAACUCCAGGCACACCAAUUACAGUAACUCAUGUGAGCUCCACAGCAAAUCAGGGAGUUGGCCUGAGUUUAUCGGGACAGGGAGCUGUCAAGACUGCAACAAUUACCUCCAUUGAUGCCAACACGGCAGGCAUUCAGAUGCAUCCUGUCCAGACAGGACAGAAGUCUGUGACAGGACUGCCUCAGAGUUUAGUUACUGCACAGACAGUGCAAGUGCAGCAGUCGCCAGGAGGACAGACCACCCAGUACCUGCAGGUGACCCCAGCAACUUCACUGACACUGUCUUCAGCCAUUCAGCCCCAGCAGACGACCGUGACUGUGCCAUCUAAUCUGGUGGCUGCCUCUGCUCUGAGAGCCACUCCUACACCACCAAACGCAGUCACUCGACCUCAAACACCAACUCAGAUUAGUUUGGUAUCCACCCCCGCCUCCCUGCCAACAGUGACCACCAUUUCUGCUGUACAGGUUCAGCCCACUCUGCCUUCAGAUGCAACACUGGCAUCUCAAGUUCUAGCACCGAACGUGCUCCCAGCUGCAGCGAUGGCAACUGUUGUCACACAGACUAACCAGCCCGACUCGGCGCAGACCAUGGCAGGACAGAAAGCCUCACCUUAUGCCAUGAGGACCAGGAACACUAAACAUUAA